CCUUAGCUGUUACCUAGUUACAAGCAAGAGACGGAGGGACUGUUAUAAUGUUGCAGUGGUGACUUCAGUGCAUCAGUCGGUCCGAGAACAGACGGAGGGGAAAAAACUCACUGACAAACACACCGGAGGACCGGAGCGGACUGUUUUACGUCUGAGGAUGAAAAUAAAACACGUCCUGACAGGGAAUAAACCAACUGCAGCUGCUCCUCUCGCGUUGUUUCAAUCAAUAAAUCCUAAAUCAACGUUCGAGACCGGGCUUAAGAAGACCACGGUUUGAGAAGUCUCAUCGUAAAGAUUGGCGGGAGCUGAGACAACAGAAGGACAAAGCCACAGAAAGAGCACAUCUAUGGGUGUCAUCUAGCUCCCCAGGCUGAAGAUGAUGGAAGAGAUGUGGGAGAACGGCAGUUUCGACAGCCCCUCGCCCGGACUCCCCCUGUUUCUGCUCAUGUUUAACGACAGCGAUCUGAACGAGACGCUGUCCAACUCCACCAACUCCAGCAUCCCAGUUGUCUCCUUAGGUCCUAGCGUGGCAGGGGUCCUCCUACCACUCAUAUAUAUAAUCGUGUGUAUCAUCGGCCUGGGCGGAAACACUUUGGUCAUUCACAUUGUGCUGCACUACUCAAAGAUAGAGUCAGUGACCAACAUCUACAUCCUCAACUUAGCCAUCGCUGAUGAGCUCUUCAUGCUCAGUCUGCCUUUCCUGGCGGUUCAGAACACCCUCCACUCGUGGCCGUUUGGCUCCUUCAUGUGCCGUCUGGUCAUGACUGUCGACUCCAUCAACCAGUUCACCAGCAUCUUCUGCCUGACUGUGAUGAGCAUUGAUCGCUACCUUGCUGUAGUCCACCCCAUUCGGUCUUCAAAGUGGCGGCGCCCUCAGGUGGCCAAAGUUGUGAAUGGCACUGUCUGGGCUCUGUCCUUUCUUGUUAUUCUGCCUGUGGUGAUCUUUGCCAACAUCCAGAAGACAGGAGGUACCUGUAACAUCGCCUGGCCACAGCCGGCUAACAUAUGGCGGGCGGCUUUCAUUAUUUACACCUCCACGGUUGGAUUCUUCUGCCCUCUUCUUAUCAUCUGCUUCUGCUAUCUGCUUAUCGUCUUCAAGGUCCGCAGCUCGGGUAAAAAAGUCCACGCCACCUCCACCAAGCGCAGGAAGUCGGAGAGAAAAGUGACGCGCUUGGUUGUGAUUGUUGUUGCUGUGUUUGUCUUCUGCUGGCUGCCUUUCUACGCCCUCAACAUCCUCAACUUGCUGGUUUCGCUGCCCUCAGAGUACCAGGGUUUUUACUAUUUCGUUGUAGUGCUCGGUUACGCUAACAGCUGCGCCAACCCCAUCGUCUACGCCUUCAUGUCAGAUAACUUCAAGAGGGGUUUCCGGAAAGCCCUCUGCCGCUCCACAAGGAAGGUGGAGAACCACGAGCCCAUGGAGCUCCAGCAGCAGCAGCAGCAGCCGCAGAGGGAGGGCAGGUCAGCCCUCAAGCCCAGAGAAAGCCUGAGACGGGUAUUCAAGGAUGAAGACGAGUACGAUGAGGAAGACGUCUCGGAAAUGACUGAGAUCUACAGAAUCGCCCAAAAUGGCAACAGCAGCUUCCAGCCGCAUAGCUUGCAGCCGCUGUUGUCCGAGAAAGGAGCGACUCCAGGAACAACGGAGCCGUCGUCCCCAGACAGGAAGGAUAAAUCUGUGGACGUGAAAGGGAAAGAUCCAGCCAACGGGUCAACACUGACUGUACCGUUGCUUCUGAAUGGAACCAAACAUGGAAGCAUUAAAACUCUGCCAGAGGAGAACUUGGAACAGAGCACCUCACUGGAGAUAAGUUACUUAUAGUGUAAAUGACGGACUUCAUUUUACUUGAAGUGAACUCAGUAUUACGAUACAGGGCAGCCAACACUGAACUGUUUGUAAAGGAGCAAAAAGACCAUUCAAAAUGUAUAUAUAAUGAAGACUUAAGAAAAAUGAAAACGAGCCUUAUAAUUAGCUUUUUCUGAUCAACGGACUCAAAGUUUCUUUAACAUUUGAAGGAUAUACUAAAGCUUCACCAACAUACAGAAUAUAUUCCUGUUUAUAUUGUGUACAUAUGCAUGAAUAUGAAUGUACAAAGUUGUGCCUUUAUUUACUAUUAUCACAUGUAUCUUGUUAAUUGUUUUACCUUUUUAUUCCAUAAUGUGACAAUCAUUCGCUCAAAUUGGACUGUAUUUAAACUUAAAUCAACAUUCAUUGCAACCACCUACACAUUAGCUGAACAUUGAUGUUAUUACUUUAUUUUAGAUAGGAAUCCCAUGCCUGUAACCGCAUUUCCUAUUGUUGUGUUUAUAAAGGUUUUAAGGGUUAAAUGUAAUUGCUGCCAAGGUUAUGUUUGAAGGUUUUAGGGAGGUGGUCAAGGUGUAUGGUGGGUGUAUAAAGCGUAGGACAAGGUUCACAUCCUGAGUCCCAUGUGUGGUUAGGUUUUGGCAACAAAAGCAUUUUGGUUAAGGUUUGUGAAACAUCUUAGUUUUAUUUAAAUGUUCAUAAAUACAUUGUGUCAUGGGCUUCAAGUAAAAAAAAACUUUAAAUUAAAUUUAGCUGUUUCUACAAGUGGAUUUUGUAUGAAAACAUAUAUUCAUAUUUUGCAACUUUGCAGGUACAGUUCAGUAACAAUGGGCCUCAUGCAGGAACGUUUUUGUAAUCUUAUCCUAAAACUCACUUUUUUCUAAUUGAGGUUUGCUCAUACAACUGUCCCAAGUCAUCAAACUGGACAAACUUGUUAAUUAACCUGAAAAUAGCUUGUUUUAGCCUGAUGAAUAAAAAUUCAUCAACAUAAUUAACACGUCUAAAAUUGUCACAUACGACUGCUUGUUCAGCUCCGUUUGUGGGAAAGUUUCAUUCACAAAAAUAUUACCAAAGAGUUAAAAGAAGAGCUUCAAGUCCUGCUUUCAGGACAAAUGUAGCAGUGUCUGUAUAUAGAAGAUAGAAGAUCUUAAAGGUCCUAUGACAUGCUGCUCUUUGGAUGCUUUUAUAUAGACCUUAGUGGUCCACUAAUACUGUAUCUGAAGUCUCUUUCCCGAAAUUCAGCAU